AUGUGGCCACUUUUGUCUAGAGGCCAACCGGUGACUGUUGCUAUGCAUGAUGCUCUUAUCAAAGAGGUUGCUUGGAUACCCGAGAUGAGUCUUUUGGCCACCGGAAGCUGGGACAAAACCAUUAAAUAUUGGGAUACUAGGCAGUCGAAUCCGGUGCAUACGAAGCAACUCCUUGAUCGCUGUUAUACAAUGUCGGUGGGGCAUCUUCUGAUGGUUGUGGGAACUGCAGAUAGGAAUUUGAUUGUUUUCAACUUGCAUAAUCCUCAGCCUUAUAAGCCACCAAUUCCUUACCCUCAGAGAUUAGCUAAAUCAAAAACCGAAGCGCAAUUUAAAAGAUUUGUAGAACUUCUGAAGCAAUUAAACAUAACCAUACCGUUCACAGAAGCCAUAACUGAGAUGCCUUCAUACGAUAACGAAACUAUAACGCUUACCGCUGAAUGUAGCGCUAUCAUCCAAAAUAACAUGCCUCCAAAACUGAAAGACCCUGGUAGUUUCUCUAUACCCUGCGUAAUAGGAAAAACCAUCAUAGAGAAAGCCUUGUGCGAUUUAGGAGCUAGUGUUAGCUUGAUGCCUCUUUCGACCUGUAAGAAACUCAAUCUAGGUGAGCUUAAAGCAACGAGAAUGUCCCUUCAACUAGCUGACCGUUCAGUUAAAUACCCUGUAGGAAUGUUAGAGAAUAUCCCUGUUCGUGUAGGUCAAUUCUACAUCCCAACUGACUUUAUCAUUAUGGAUAUCCAAGAAGAUUCUAACAUCCCGAUCAUAUUAGGAAGACCAUUCUUAGCAACCGCUGGUGCAAUUAUAGAUGUAAAGCGAGGAAAGCUUACUUUCGAAGUAGGAGAAGAGAAAAUAGAAUUUAUCCUUUCCCAAUUCCUAAAAGCACCUUCUAUAAUUGAC